AUGGAAACGGCGGCCUCGAGCGCCGCGAUCCCUGCCGGAGUCGACCCCGUGUUCGCGGCGCUGCACCGCUUCAACCGGGGACAGUACGACGCGUGCAUCUCCCUCUGCACUGCGCUGCUGGGCGAGAAUCCGUACGAUCAGGCCGUGUGGUGCCUCAAGUGCCGCGCAAUGACCAUGCAGGCGUUCAUCGACGACCUCGACUUUGAGGAGGAGGCGACGGCGGACGCCCUGCUCGACGAGAACGCCACAGCCGCACUACCGCGGCCGGGCACUUCUCUGACGCGUCCCAUGACCCAGUCCAAUGCGCCUGGCCAGCCAGGCCUCGGCAUGCGGCCCGUCUCGGCGAGCGGACGGCCGCUGUCUGGGUUCGCGAGGCCGGGGACGGGGUCGGCUCGUCCAGACUCGCGAGUGGGGUUGUCAGGCGCGCCGGCUGGGAUCCGCCCCGGCACGUCGCGACCGAUGACUGCGCUCGGUCGCUUGGUGCGUCUCGGGACGGCCUCACUGGUGGCGGCAGCGGGUGGGCCGUUCAUCAACGUGGACCGGCUUGACCUGAGAAAGUACGCGCAGCGACCGGCACUGUCGCGCGCGCUGUUCGAGUACCUGCUGUAUUUCGAACACAGCCCCAAGAAGGCGCUCGAGCUCGCGGCGCAUUGCACCGCCGCCGCGGGAUACGAGGACUGGUGGUGGAAGGAGCGGCUCGGCAAGUGCUACUACCAGCUCGGCCUCUACCGGGAGGCAGAGCGGCAGUACGCGGCAUCCGUCAAGACGCAGCCAAUGGUGGCGUCGUACCUGCAGCUGGCAAACGUGAGCCUGCGCCUUGACCAGCCAAAGGCCGCGCUUCUCAUCUACAAGCAGGGCGCCGAGAGGUACCCGCACGACACGGCACUGCUGCUCGGCGUGGCGCGCGUGCACGAGGCGCUGGGUGAGCUGCCGCUCGCGGUGGAGAGCUACAAGCGGGUGGCAGGCAUGGAUCCGUCCAACGUCGAGGCCAUUGCGUGCAUUGCGGCUAAUCACUUCUACUCUGGCCAGCCCGAGCUGGCGCUGCGUUUCUACCGCCGGCUAUUGCAGAUGGGGAUCCGCAACACUGAGCUGUGGUGCAACCUCGGCCUGUGCUGCUUCCACUCGUCGCAGUACGACAUGGCACUCUCGUGCCUCGAGCGCGCGCUCUUCCUCGCAUCGGACGACGCCAUGGCCGACGUGUGGUACAACAUUGGUCAGGUGGCGAUCGGGAUCGGCGACCUCGGCCUCGCGUACCAAGCGCUCAAGGUUGCGAUCUCGGCCGACUCGAACCACGCCGAGGCCUACACGAAUCUCGGGGUGCUCGAGCUGCGAAAGGGCAACGUCGAGGCGGCCAGGGCAAACUUUCGGACCGCGCAGACGCACGCGCCGCAGAUGUACGAGCCCUUUUACAACGGCGCGCUUCUUGCCUACAACCUCGGCGAGUUCCAGGAGGCCUUCGAGCUUGCUCAAAAGGCGCGGGAUGCCUUCCCCGACCACACCGAUACGCUGGAGCUGCUCGGGCAGCUCAACCAGCAGUUGCGGCUUUGA